AGUGUCAGAGUGAGACCUCUGCCUCGUCGCUCUGCGAUAGAAGGACGGUCCCACCAGUACGUCUGAAGCUCCGCUUUAUCUCCGUGUUUUUACCCGCCUGCAGCGUCAUGUUUGCCGUCAGAAACGCUCUCCGUCUCGGCUCCAGGUUAGCCGUCCCCGCCGUGGCGAGAAGGGGAUGCUCCGGAGCCGCUGUCCAGGUGGAUGACGUGGUGAACGGACUCACAGAGGAGCAGAUACAGUUAAGGCAGACGGUUCGUAAAUUCUGUGCAGAGAAGCUUGCACCUUACGCCGAUGAGAUUGACAAGAAAAAUGAGUUCCCAGGGAUGCGGGAUUACUGGAAAGCGAUGGGUGAGAUGGGACUUCUUGGCAUUACAGCUCCAGUGGAAGACGGGGGCACCGGAUUGGGCUACUUGGACCACGUCAUCGUGAUGGAGGAAAUGUCGCGGGUGUCGGCAGCCAUCGCCCUCAGCUACGGCGCCCACUCCAAUCUUUGUGUCAACCAGCUGGUGCGUCACGCCAACCCAAAGCAGAAGGAGAAGUACAUGCCGAAGUUAAUGACGGGGGAACAUGUGGGAGCUCUGGCCAUGAGCGAGCCUAAUGCUGGUUCUGACGUCGUCUCUAUGAAACUCAAAGCUGUUAAGAAAGGUGACUAUUACAUUCUAAAUGGAAACAAGUUCUGGAUCACAAAUGGGCCAGAUGCUGAUGUCCUCAUCGUGUAUGCCAAGACCAAUCCCGAGGCCCAUCAGAAGGGGAUCACUGCUUUCAUCGUGGAAAAGGGAACGCCAGGAUUCUCUACGGCGCAGAAACUCGACAAACUAGGAAUGAGGGGAUCCAACACCUGUGAGCUGAUCUUUGAAGACUGUAAAAUCCCAGAGGAGAACAUACUGGGUCCACUGAACAAAGGCGUUUACGUGAUGAUGAGUGGCUUAGAUCUGGAGAGGCUGGUGCUGGCUGCUGGACCUGUUGGCAUAAUGCAGGCUGUUCUGGAUGCUGCCAUCCCCUACCUGCAUGUGAGAGAAGCUUUUGGACAGAAGAUCGGCCACUUUCAGCUGAUGCAGGGCAAGAUGGCCGACAUGUACACCAGACUGAGCUCCUGUCGCCAGUACCUCUACAAUGUUGCCAGGGCUUGUGACAAAGGGCACUUCAGUGCAAAGGACUGUGCCGGAGUGAUCCUGUACUGUGCCGAGAACGCCACUCAGGUUGCUUUGGACGGCAUUCAGUGUUUAGGUGGGAAUGGUUACAUCAACGACUAUCCGGUGGGACGAUUCCUGCGAGACGCAAAGCUGUACGAAAUCGGGGCGGGCACGAGCGAAGUGCGCCGGAUCAUCAUCGGACGAGCCUUCAACUCCAUGUUCAGAUAGGCGCAGCAGUGAGCGGGGUGUUUUGUACGGUUACUCCCACCCAGGACCUUAUUGGAUGAGUUGUUGCCUCCAUUCAGAUGAUUCGCUGCCAUGCUGUCCAUGUAUGAUGUGCAUCGAAUCAGCCAAUAGAAAAUGGUAAUGUUACAAGCCGACGAAUCAACAGGUUAAAUAUCGAUUCACGCCGAGUGGCCUUGAAGUUUUGUUUUGUUAUGCUAAGAAUCUGUUUACUUGGAGACACAUAAUUAAUGCAAAGAGCACGGUUUCUUCAUUUGGAGCCUUCUCAGUGAUUUUGGCUUAGACACUCUUGCAGCGCUUUGCAACAGCUGCUGCCUGCAACACCUGAUUGUGAGAUUCUGAGAACACGAGAACUCAUUGUUAACAUAUGGAACAUUUUCCUUUGUGUGUCGUGUGCUCAAUGCAAAAAAACCCAUAAAUGAUUCAUCCUAAACAGCUGAACUCUGUAUUCUGUGUGUAGAGCUUUGAUAAUUUACUGUGAACGACGCAAAAACCUGUCAAAAAUUGUUAGGAUUACUUUUUUGUGAAGAUUUUGUCUCCUCUUGAUGCACCAUCAUGUAGAUGUACAGUGUGUAGAAAUGUAUGAACUGUAUCAGGUUUGCAAUAAAUGAAAAUAAAAACCUUUUUAACAUCU